CACAAAGCGGCCGGGUCAAAACCAACUAGCUCAGCCUCCAACAAGGCGCUCCACCACCAUGCAGCUCACGAGUCCGUGCCGCCACACCAUGCCGUUCCUCGUCGGCGUCGCCGUCCUUGUCCUUGCAGCAGCAGCUGCGCGGGCCGACGGCGCUCUCUGCGACAAGUCGGACAAGGCGGCUCUGCUGGCCGUCAAGUCCGCGCUGGGCAACCACCCGGACCUCUCCGGCUGGAACUCCACCGCGCCCUGCUGCGCCUGGCCGGGCAUCUCCUGCGACGCCACCACCGGCCGGGUCACCGAGCUCACGGUCUUCGCGCUCAACAUCUCCGCGCCGGUCCCGGCCGCCAUCGCCAACCUCACCGCCCUGCAGACCGUCAACCUGGCCUACAACCGCCUCUACGGCCGCAUCCCGGCGUUCCUGGGCCCGCGCGCCCUCCCGGACCUCACCUUCCUCCGCCUGGACGGCAACCGCCUCGACGGCCCCAUCCCGCCGACGGCCACCGUGUACGACCUCUCCGUCGCCGGCAAUCGCCUGACCGGCCCGCUCCCGGCCGCCUUCGCGGGCGCGGAGUUCGGCAGCGUGGACGUCGCCGACAACCAGCUCACGGGCGACGCGUCGGUGCUGUUCGGCGCCGGGAAGCGGGUGAACUCGGUGCGGCUGUCGCGCAACCGGUUCGCGUUUGACCUCGGCCGCGUCGAGCUGCCGGGGGCGCUGGACAUACUGGCCGUCGACCACAACAUGAUCUACGGGGGCAUCCCGGCGGCCGCGGCGGCGAGGAGGUGGCUGGCGUUCGACGUGAGCUACAACAAUCUGUGCGGGCCGAUCCCGCAGGGCCGGUACACGCACAGGUUCGGCCCCAAGCACUUCGCGCCCAACAAGUGCCUCUGCGGCCGCCCGCUCGCGCCCUGCGGCUAGGUACGGUGGCCACUCGCUGCACGUGACCGCUUGACUGAUGAUGUAUUGUUAGGGCAUUUCCCGCAGGGUCCAUUCCCAGGGGGCGUCUAAAAGCGCCAUCUGAGGGUGAGCCGGCGCAAAAAAUGGCCCUGGGGCGAGUCGGUCCCCAGCCGUUGGCUCCCAGGGCCGCCCUCAGGCGCGUAUUAAAAAAAAAGAGCCGUUCGGCGAAGUUAUGAUAAAAAAAUAAUUAAAUUUUGGCUAAA